UUGAACUGCUUAGUAUGCAUUUCAAAGGUUAUGUUCAUUAGUACAGUUUGUAAACAGUAGUAAAGUAGUAAAGAUUACUGUAAUGAAAAAAUUAAAUACUCAUUGACAAUGGAAACGGGUCAAAUAAAAUGAUACAUGUUUUAUUUUAUGUUUAAAAAUUUGAUUAUUGCACAUUGUUAUUGCAUAUAAAAAGCAAUAAUAAAUUUUAUACGGAUUCAUGUGAUACGAAAUUUUAUCAAAAUGUAUUUAAAAUUUGUGAUUACUUUUUGCAUUUUUCAUUUAACUUAUGCAUGGGAGAUACCGGACAACUUCGCUAAGACGGGACAUUCAAAUAACUGGGCAGUAUUAGUCGAUACUUCAAGAUUUUGGUUUAAUUAUCGACAUGUGGCAAACGUGUUAUCUAUUUAUAGGAGCGUCAAACGCUUGGGCAUACCAGAUUCUCAAAUUAUUUUGAUGAUAGCAGACGACAUGGCAUGCAACCCAAGGAAUCCUAGUCCUGCUACUGUCUUUAAUAACAUUAAGCAACAUAUUAAUGUUUAUGGAGACGAUGUAGAAGUAGAUUACAGAGGUUAUGAAGUUACUGUAGAAAAUUUUGUGAGAUUAUUAACUGGGCGGUUAGCACCAGAAACACCAAGAUCCAAGAAACUGUUAACAGACGAAGGUUCUAAUAUUUUGAUUUAUCUUACUGGUCAUGGCGGAAAUGGAUUCUUGAAAUUCCAAGAUUCGGAAGAAAUUACUAGUAAAGAACUUGGAGAUGCAUUGGAGCAAAUGUGGCAGAAAAGAAGAUACCAUGAAAUUUUGUUCAUUGUUGAUACUUGCCAAGCAAGUUCAAUGUAUGAGAAGUUUUAUUCUCCAAACAUUCUAGCAGUUGCUUCUAGUUUAGUGGGAGAAGAUUCGCUUUCUCAUCACUUGGAUCCUGCCAUUGGUGUUUACAUUAUAGAUAGAUACACAUAUUAUGCAUUGGAUUUUCUGGAAAAAGUAGAACCUUUUAGUUCCAAAACUUUGGGAGAAUUUCUCAGAGUUUGUCCAAAGCAUUAUUGUUUGUCAACAGUUGGAGUAAGAAAAGAUUUAUUUAGAAGGGACCCUGAUAAAGUACCAGUUACAGAUUUCUUUGGAUCUUUAAGGCCUAUAGAAUUAACCACGAAUAUAAUGAACGUUUUACCCGUGAAAACAAAUAAAACGAAAGCUAUCGAGCCGGAAAGGAAGUAUUCUUACGUCGCACAAUUUCCAGACGUAUCCAAAUUUACGUGAUUGAUAGAAAUAAAUACGAAUUUCUUUAAAAAAUGACGUUUGCUUUCUAAAUAUUUAAUUAAAAAAAGAAAAAAAACGUAAAAUAAUAAAAUAUGUAAUGUUAAUAAAAGAACGUAUUUCCUGA